GCAGAAGUUGUUCAUAAUCUGAACGAGUUACGACUUUUAGACGAACAGUGUGAAACUAUUACCGUUAUAAAUAAACCUAAAGCCAGUAUAUUACCCACACAUUUACAAUAUUUACCAGAGUUACGUGCGAUUUGCAACGAAUGUCAAGACAAAUACUUCGCCUGUGUGGAUUCCGAUCACAUAGAUGAAAACGACAGAGGUCCUAGCUAUUGGAGAAGUAUGGCAGAGAAAGCCUAUGACGACGCUAUGCAAAAACAAGAUGAAAAAAUUGCCGUCGCCGAUAAAUUAUAUAAUUUACUCUCUAGACAUUUUGAGAGAUUAGAUGAAGAAUUGGCACGUAACAAUAUACAUUUAGAAG